AUGUCAUCAGAUGCGUCUAGACGUCUUUUAUUAGCGUCGAUCAAAGGCGAUGUUGGUGCUGUCGAAAAGUUGCUUGCGAGAAAAGCGGACGUUAAUGAUGGCCGUAAGCGCACGCCUCUGCUGUGUGCUGCUGCAGCGGGACACUACUCCAUUGUUCGCCUAUUGCUUGGGAGAGACGCCGGCGACGAUGGUGAGGUGAACGGUAGGAACUAUGCCAGGGUGGAUGCCAGCGAUGGGGACGGGCGGACGUCCUUAUCCUGGGCCGCUGAGCAAGGGUAUAGCACUAUCGUCAUGCUGCUUCUGAAGGAGGGCGCCAACAUUGAAUCGGCGGACAACAGUGGUCGAACGCCGCUGUCGUGGGCCGUCUGGAACGGACGAGAGGCCAUGGUCGAACUGCUACUCAGAGAAAGGGCUAACAUUGAUGCGCAAGACAAGAUAGGCUGGACACCGCUGUUGUGGGCUGUAGUGAGAAGACACGAGACGAUCGUCGAGUUUCUCCUCCGGCAAGGUGCUGAGACUGAAAAGAAAGACAAAAGAAAUGGUUGGACACCGCUCUGGUGGGCUGCUCGGAUGGGCCAUAUGGCUAUCUUUCAGCAAUUACUCAAGAGGAAAGCCGAUGUGAAUUCCAAAGAUACGUGUGGCCAGACUCUUUUGGCCUGGGCUAUUCGAAAUGGGGUUGAUGAUGUCGCUCAAUUAUUAUCUGAGGAGCGAGCGCAACUCCCUUCCACCAUAUAG